CAAUGUAGAUACGGGUCGAUAGAUCCCGACCGGUUGUUUGCGUCAUUCGAGGAAACUAUAUCCGAAUAUCAAUUUGAUUUUGGGCAGGAUGUCACAGUCACUAAUUUCAUGAAACAGUGGACUGAACAGGCUGGAUACCCAAUGAUAAAUGUAGUAAAGGUCAACGACGAGUUUAUCAUAUCCCAAGAAAGGUGCCUAAUGGACACUCCCGACAAGAUAAUCGAUUCAUCAAGAUGGUACGUUGGGAUCACCUAUACAACCGAAUCGAGUAAAAAUUUCGAAGACUUAACGUUGGCUACAUGGUGUAAGCCAACAAUGGACAAUUGUAUUCUGUCAGCUCCACAAGAUCCGGGGUGGUUCAUAUUCAAUAUACAAUCCGCUGGGUUUUACAGGGUUAACUACGACACAGACAAUUGGUCAUUAUUGAUCAGACAAUUGAAAGAGACGCCUGAGAAAAUUCAUGUACUCAAUCGUGCUCAGCUGAUUGACGAUUCGUUCUUCUUAGCCAGAGCUGAUCAGUUACAUUAUUCGUUUCCAUUGAGAAUAUCGUCAUAUUUAAAAAUAGAAGAUGACGUGUUACCAUGGUAUUCUGUGAUACACGGAUAUUCAUACCUAAUAGAACGAAUGCGGCGUAACGAUACUGAGUAUUCAGAUUUAAGAGAAUGUGUCAGUAACUUGGCAGGUAUAAUUUAUAAAAAAACCGAAGACAAAGUAGUUAAAGAAAAUAAUACAGACCACGUUAUCCUAACCAGCUGGAAUGCAUUCUCCGUAUGGGCGUGUGAAUUGAAUAAUGAGAUGUGCAUACAAUCAGUGUUUGAUUACUACACCAAAUGGCAAAAUGGAGAAAAAAUACCCUCAGAUAUUAGAGACGCUGCCUUCUGUGUUGGUGUUCAUAUAACAAAUAAAACCUCAACAUGGGAACAAAUGCUCAACUUGUAUAAGACAACAAGAUCACCUUCCGAAAAACAGUCAGCACAAACAGCAAUGGCUUGCACAGAAGAUGAUAUGCUUUUGUCGAGGUAUUUAAACUAUAUUUUUGAGGGUGAAGAUGGACCAAUUCGAAAACAGGACUACAACGAUGUAUUCACUGCAGUAUCCUCUACGCCAAAGGGACUUGAAGUUUUAAUAGAUUUUUUGGUGCAAAAUUUGGAUAGAAUUACGAAGAAACUUACUGACGGAAAUAAUACAGCAAUAUUCAUUUAUUCAAUAUGCGCAUCAAAAGCGGCCCUUGAUUCUGAAAUAACCAAGAUAAAAAAUUUAAAAGAUGAUCCAAAGACGCCGGAAAACCUCAGAAAAGAAUUUAACGAAUCGUAUAAGCAAGUGGAUAACAACCUAUACUGGUUUAAUAAAUAUCACGAAAUAGUGAAUCAAAACACAGGUUGCUCACAAGGCUACACAACAACUGACGAACCACAAAAAACAUCUACCCAAAAAACACAAUCAACUACUGAAAUAAUAAUAGAAACCUCCACAGAGCCAACAAUAAGAGAAACUACGUUAUCAGAACGCACAGACACAUCUGAAAGUAUUUACACAGAAACAUCAGAUACCACAUGGUCAGAACGCAUAGAUACAACCACACAUGUGUACACUGAUACAACAAUAGGUGAUCCCACUAAGUCAACGCAUACUGAAUCGACAACUGAACAUUCUCCAGGAGAUACCACAUCAUCAGAACACAAAGAUACAACUACACAUAUUUAUCCUGAAACCGAAUCGGCAGAGACCACAGUAACGAAAUAUACAGAACAUUACUUUAAGCAAACUCUACUGGUUAUACCAAGAGGAAGUCGAGCAGAUGAAGUUAAAGCUUGCAUAAAAGCUUCUUAUUUAUGGCCGUUUAUAGAACAACUUUCUCUCAACAAGAAUAUGAGGGUUUACCUGGGAGGUGAUGUCACAGCUGGAAAAUUAUCUGAACUUCUACUCAAAAUAGGAAAUGGAGAUUUUCCCGAGUUAACUGGGAAAUUGGUUAUCACUAAGGAUUUAGGUUUAGUAGUUACAACACUACAAGAACUUAUAGUUCAAAUUUAUCCUGAUAUUUCUGAUAUAAAAAACAAAUCGAUGGAUUCGUUAUGUGAGCGCGCUAUUUUGACCCCCAAAAAUAACAGGGCAGCUGUGAUUAAUGAAAUUCUUCUUAAAUCAUUUAAGGAGACAGACAUGGAGUAUAAGUCUAUAGACAUGGUACUGAAGUCAGAUGACACAGUUCACUAUCCUGUGGAGUUCCUCAACGCACUUAAUCCCCCUGGUUUUCCAGCACAUAGGUUAGUCCUUAAAGUAGGAACUCCAAUUAUGCUGUUGCAAAAUCUUCAUCCCCCCAAACUCUGCAAUGGUUGUGCUCAAGGAGAAUCAACGUUUAUACCACUUUUAUCAUUAAACUAUCCAUUAAAAUUUAAAAGACUGCAGUUUCCUAUCAAGGUAUCUUGUGCAAUGACUAUAAAUAAGUCGCAAGGGCAGUCGUUGAAGAUAGCAGAAUUUACUUGA